GCUUUGUCAGUGUCUGAUUUUAGUGGGCUCGACACCGUCCAGGAACAAAUCUCCUCUCUGAUGAGCACAGCCGUAGUCAGAUCCCGGCCUUUGACAACCACAGAGACAGUGGGAAGACAGACACCAGCAAGGGAUGUGGUUUUCUUGCUGGAUGCAACCGAUGCAACUAGAAGCGACUUCCCAGCCGUGCAAGACUUUGUCCAGAGAGUGGUGGAGACGCUACUUGUGGACGAGAAGAAAGACCGUGUGUCAGUGGUUCAGUACAGCAGAGAUCCAGCUGUCCAGUUUUAUCUGAACACUUACAUGACAAAAGACGAGAUCCUUAAUGCUGUCAGAAAUUUGAGGCACAAAGGGGGGAGAUCUCUCAACACUGGAGCAGCUCUCCAGUACUUGAGGGAAAACGUCUUCACUGCCUCUUCGGGAAGCAGGCGCUUGGAGGGAGUUCCACAGGUCCUGAUACUGCUAAGCAGUGGAAGAUCUGCUGACAGUGUCGAUGCACCGGCCUCUGCUCUCAAACAAAUGGGCAUAUUGACCUUUGCAGUUGGCAGUAGAGGCUCUGACAGUAGAGAACUGCAGAGGAUAUCCCACAAGCCCACUUCUGCUUUCACUGUGGCUGAAUUCACAGACCUUUCCAGCGUGCCGCAGCAGCUGUUGGCCUCUUUAGAGGCUUUGCCCAUUGACGUGACCCCAGAAACCCCAACUGAUUCUGUUGACACAGCCAAAAAAGAUGUUGUAUUUCUCCUGGAUGGCUCUGAUGGCACAAGGAAUGGUUUCUCUGCAAUGCGUGACUUUGUUGAAAGAGUGGUGGAGAAACUGAGCGUGGGAGAAAACAAGGACCGUGUGUCUGUUGUCCAAUACAGCCGAGAAGCAGAGGUCCAUUUCUCUCUGAAUACACACAGAACAAGGGAAGAUGUUAUGGACGCUGUCAGAGGGCUUAGACACAGAGGAGGAAGACCCCUAAAUACCGGGGCAGCCCUCCAGUACGUCAUGGACAAUGUCUUUACAAACUCCACUGUGAGCAGACGCCUGCAAGGUGUUCCACAGAUCUUGAUACUGCUAGCAGGCGGAAGGUCUUUUGACAAUGUGGAUACCCCAGCUUCUGCUUUGAAACAGCGGGGCAUCUUUGUGUUUGCCAUUGGAUCAAGGACCUCGGACAGCAGAGAGCUGCAAAGGCUAUCGUUUGAGCCUAGCUACGCUUUGUCAGUGUCUGAUUUUAGUGGGCUCGACACCGUCCAGGAACAAAUCUCCUCUCUGAUGAGCACAGCCGUAGUCAGAUCCCGGCCUUUGACAACCACAGAGACAGUGGGAAGACAGACACCAGCAAGGGAUGUGGUUUUCUUGCUGGAUGCAACCGAUGCAACUAGAAGCGACUUCCCAGCCGUGCAAGACUUUGUCCAGAGAGUGGUGGAGACGCUACUUGUGGACGAGAAGAAAGACCGUGUGUCAGUGGUUCAGUACAGCAGAGAUCCAGCUGUCCAGUUUUAUCUGAACACUUACAUGACAAAAGACGAGAUCCUUAAUGCUGUCAGAAAUUUGAGGCACAAAGGGGGGAGAUCUCUCAACACUGGAGCAGCUCUCCAGUACUUGAGGGAAAACGUCUUCACUGCCUCUUCGGGAAGCAGGCGCUUGGAGGGAGUUCCACAGGUCCUGAUACUGCUAAGCAGUGGAAGAUCUGCUGACAGUGUCGAUGCACCGGCCUCUGCUCUCAAACAAAUGGGCAUAUUGACCUUUGCAGUUGGCAGUAGAGGCUCUGACAGUAGAGAACUGCAGAGGAUAUCCCACAAGCCCACUUCUGCUUUCACUGUGGCUGAAUUCACAGACCUUUCCAGCGUGCCGCAGCAGCUGUUGGCCUCUUUAGAGGCUUUGCCCAUUGACGUGACCCCAGAAACCCCAACUGAUUCUGUUGACACAGCCAAAAAAGAUGUUGUAUUUCUCCUGGAUGGCUCUGAUGGCACAAGGAAUGGUUUCUCUGCAAUGCGUGACUUUGUUGAAAGAGUGGUGGAGAAACUGAGCGUGGGAGAAAACAAGGACCGUGUGUCUGUUGUCCAAUACAGCCGAGAAGCAGAGGUCCAUUUCUCUCUGAAUACACACAGAACAAGGGAAGAUGUUAUGGACGCUGUCAGAGGGCUUAUACACAGAGGAGGAAGACCCCUAAAUACCGGGGCAGCCCUCCAGUACGUCAUGGACAAUGUCUUUACAAACUCCACUGGGAGCAGACGCCUGCAAGGUGUUCCACAGAUCUUGAUACUGCUAGCAGGCGGAAGGUCUUUUGACAAUGUGGAUACCCCAGCUUCUGCUUUGAAACAGCGGGGCAUCUUUGUGUUUGCCAUUGGAUCAAGGACCUCGGACAGCAGAGAGCUGCAAAGGCUAUCGUUUGAGCCUAGCUACGCUUUGUCAGUGUCUGAUUUUAGUGGGCUCGACACCGUCCAGGAACAAAUCUCCUCUCUGAUGAGCACAGCCGUAGUCAGAUCCCGGCCUUUGACAACCACAGAGACAGUGGGAAGACAGACACCAGCAAGGGAUGUGGUUUUCUUGCUGGAUGCAACCGAUGCAACUAGAAGCGACUUCCCAGCCGUGCAAGACUUUGUCCAGAGAGUGGUGGAGACGCUACUUGUGGACGAGAAGAAAGACCGUGUGUCAGUGGUUCAGUACAGCAGAGAUCCAGCUGUCCAGUUUUAUCUGAACACUUACAUGACAAAAGACGAGAUCCUUAAUGCUGUCAGAAAUUUGAGGCACAAAGGGGGGAGAUCUCUCAACACUGGAGCAGCUCUCCAGUACUUGAGGGAAAACGUCUUCACUGCCUCUUCGGGAAGCAGGCGCUUGGAGGGAGUUCCACAGGUCCUGAUACUGCUAAGCAGUGGAAGAUCUGCUGACAGUGUCGAUGCACCGGCCUCUGCUCUCAAACAAAUGGGCAUAUUGACCUUUGCAGUUGGCAGUAGAGGCUCUGACAGUAGAGAACUGCAGAGGAUAUCCCACAAGCCCACUUCUGCUUUCACUGUGGCUGAAUUCACAGACCUUUCCAGCGUGCCGCAGCAGCUGUUGGCCUCUUUAGAGGCUUUGCCCAUUGACGUGACCCCAGAAACCCCAACUGAUUCUGUUGACACAGCCAAAAAAGAUGUUGUAUUUCUCCUGGAUGGCUCUGAUGGCACAAGGAAUGGUUUCUCUGCAAUGCGUGACUUUGUUGAAAGAGUGGUGGAGAAACUGAGCGUGGGAGAAAACAAGGACCGUGUGUCUGUUGUCCAAUACAGCCGAGAAGCAGAGGUCCAUUUCUCUCUGAAUACACACAGAACAAGGGAAGAUGUUAUGGACGCCGUCAGAGGGCUUAGACACAGAGGAGGAAGACCCCUAAAUACCGGGGCAGCCCUCCAGUACGUCAUGGACAAUGUCUUUACAAACUCCACUGGGAGCAGACGCCUGCAAGGUGUUCCACAGAUCUUGAUACUGCUAGCAGGCGGAAGGUCUUUUGACAAUGUGGAUACCCCAGCUUCUGCUUUGAAACAGCGGGGCAUCUUUGUGUUUGCCAUUGGAUCAAGGACCUCGGACAGCAGAGAGCUGCAAAGGCUAUCGUUUGAGCCUAGCUACGCUUUGUCAGUGUCUGAUUUUAGUGGGCUCGACACCGUCCAGGAACAAAUCUCCUCUCUGAUGAGCACAGCCGUAGUCAGAUCCCGGCCUUUGACAACCACAGAGACAGUGGGAAGACAGACACCAGCAAGGGAUGUGGUUUUCUUGCUGGAUGCAACCGAUGCAACUAGAAGCGACUUCCCAGCCGUGCAAGACUUUGUCCAGAGAGUGGUGGAGACGCUACUUGUGGACGAGAAGAAAGACCGUGUGUCAGUGGUUCAGUACAGCAGAGAUCCAGCUGUCCAGUUUUAUCUGAACACUUACAUGACAAAAGACGAGAUCCUUAAUGCUGUCAGAAAUUUGAGGCACAAAGGGGGGAGAUCUCUCAACACUGGAGCAGCUCUCCAGUACUUGAGGGAAAACGUCUUCACUGCCUCUUCGGGAAGCAGGCGCUUGGAGGGAGUUCCACAGGUCCUGAUACUGCUAAGCAGUGGAAGAUCUGCUGACAGUGUCGAUGCACCGGCCUCUGCUCUCAAACAAAUGGGCAUAUUGACCUUUGCAGUUGGCAGUAGAGGCUCUGACAGUAGAGAACUGCAGAGGAUAUCCCACAAGCCCACUUCUGCUUUCACUGUGGCUGAAUUCACAGACCUUUCCAGCGUGCCGCAGCAGCUGUUGGCCUCUUUAGAGGCUUUGCCCAUUCACGUGACCCCAGAAACCCCAACUGAUUCUGUUGACACAGCCAAAAAAGAUGUUGUAUUUCUCCUGGAUGGCUCUGAUGGCACAAGGAAUGGUUUCUCUGCAAUGCGUGACUUUGUUGAAAGAGUGGUGGAGAAACUGAGCGUGGGAGAAAACAAGGACCGUGUGUCUGUUGUCCAAUACAGCCGAGAAGCAGAGGUCCAUUUCUCUCUGAAUACACACAGAACAAGGGAAGAUGUUAUGGACGCUGUCAGAGGGCUUAGACACAGAGGAGGAAGACCCCUAAAUACCGGGGCAGCCCUCCAGUACGUCAUGGACAAUGUCUUUACAAACUCCACUGGGAGCAGACGCCUGCAAGGUGUUCCACAGAUCUUGAUACUGCUAGCAGGCGGAAGGUCUUUUGACAAUGUGGAUACCCCAGCUUCUGCUUUGAAACAGCGGGGCAUCUUUGUGUUUGCCAUUGGAUCAAGGACCUCGGACAGCAGAGAGCUGCAAAGGCUAUCGUUUGAGCCUAGCUACGCUUUGUCAGUGUCUGAUUUUAGUGGGCUCGACACCGUCCAGGAACAAAUCUCCUCUCUGAUGAGCACAGCCGUAGUCAGAUCCCGGCCUUUGACAACCACAGAGACAGUGGGAAGACAGACACCAGCAAGGGAUGUGGUUUUCUUGCUGGAUGCAACCGAUGCAACUAGAAGCGACUUCCCAGCCGUGCAAGACUUUGUCCAGAGAGUGGUGGAGACGCUACUUGUGGACGAGAAGCAAGACCGUGUGUCAGUGGUUCAGUACAGCAGAGAUCCAGCUGUCCAGUUUUAUCUGAACACUUACAUGACAAAAGACGAGAUCCUUAAUGCUGUCAGAAAUUUGAGGCACAAAGGGGGGAGAUCUCUCAACACUGGAGCAGCUCUCCAGUACUUGAGGGAAAACGUCUUCACUGCCUCUUCGGGAAGCAGGCGCUUGGAGGGAGUUCCACAGGUCCUGAUACUGCUAAGCAGUGGAAGAUCUGCUGACAGUGUCGAUGCACCGGCCUCUGCUCUCAAACAAAUGGGCAUAUUGACCUUUGCAGUUGGCAGUAGAGGCUCUGACAGUAGAGAACUGCAGAGGAUAUCCCACAAGCCCACUUCUGCUUUCACUGUGGCUGAAUUCACAGACCUUUCCAGCGUGCCGCAGCAGCUGUUGGCCUCUUUAGAGGCUUUGCCCAUUGACGUGACCCCAGAAACCCCAACUGAUUCUGUUGACACAGCCAAAAAAGAUGUUGUAUUUCUCCUGGAUGGCUCUGAUGGCACAAGGAAUGGUUUCUCUGCAAUGCGUGACUUUGUUGAAAGAGUGGUGGAGAAACUGAGCGUGGGAGAAAACAAGGACCGUGUGUCUGUUGUCCAAUACAGCCGAGAAGCAGAGGUCCAUUUCUCUCUGAAUACACACAGAACAAGGGAAGAUGUUAUGGACGCUGUCAGAGGGCUUAGACACAGAGGAGGAAGACCCCUAAAUACCGGGGCAGCCCUCCAGUACGUCAUGGACAAUGUCUUUACAAACUCCACUGUGAGCAGACGCCUGCAAGGUGUUCCACAGAUCUUGAUACUGCUAGCAGGCGGAAGGUCUUUUGACAAUGUGGAUACCCCAGCUUCUGCUUUGAAACAGCGGGGCAUCUUUGUGUUUGCCAUUGGAUCAAGGACCUCGGACAGCAGAGAGCUGCAAAGGCUAUCGUUUGAGCCUAGCUACGCUUUGUCAGUGUCUGAUUUUAGUGGGCUCGACACCGUCCAGGAGCAAAUCUCCUCUCUGAUGAGCACAGCCGUAGUCAGAUCCCGGCCUUUGACAACCACAGAGACAGUGGGAAGACAGACACCAGCAAGGGAUGUGGUUUUCUUGCUGGAUGCAACCGAUUCUACUAGAAGCGACUUCCCAGCCGUGCAAGACUUUGUCCAGAGAGUGGUGGAGAUGCUACUUGUGGACGAGAAGAAAGACCGUGUGUCAGUGGUUCAGUACAGCAGAGAUCCAGCUGUCCAGUUUUAUCUGAACACUUACAUGACAAAAGACGAGAUCCUUAAUGCUGUCAGAAAUUUGAGGCACAAAGGGGGGAGAUCUCUCAACACUGGAGCAGCUCUCCAGUACUUGAGGGAAAACGUCUUCACUGCCUCUUCGGGAAGCAGGCGCUUGGAGGGAGUUCCACAGCUCCUGAUACUGCUAAGCAGUGGAAGAUCUGCUGACAGUGUCGAUGCACCAGCCUCUGCUCUCAAACAAAUGGGCAUAUUGACCUUUGCAGUUGGCAGUAGAGGCUCUGACAGUAGAGAACUGCAGAGGAUAUCCCACAAGCCCACUUCUGCUUUCACUGUGGCUGAAUUCACAGACCUUUCCAGCGUGCCGCAGCAGCUGUUGGCCUCUUUAGAGGCUUUGCCCAUUGACGUGACCCCAGAUACCCCAACUGAUUCUGAAAUUACACCAGUUCGAAGAGCAGGAGAAAAGAAGGAUGUUGUAUUUCUCAUUGAUGGCACAACAUCAACAAGUAGUAAAUUUCCAUCCAUUCGCAACACGAUGAGAAUUUUUGUGGAGAAGUUGGACAUGGGCCUGGACAAGGCCAGAGUGUCAGUAGUACAGUACAGUGAUGAACCUAAGUUAGAAUUUCCUCUGAAUGAAUUCUCUACAAAAAACCAAGUGCAAGAAAGAAUAAUGAGGCUCACAAGCAAAGGUGGAACUCGUCGAAACACAGGCCGUGCUCUAGAAUGGGUCUCCAGAAACAUCUAUCAGAGGUCUGCAGGAAGCCGCAUUGAAGAGGGCGUCCCCCAGUUCCUUAUUGUACUUUUAGGUGGUAAAUCUUCAGAUGAUGUAUCUAGACCAUCUGCCUCACUGAAGUCACUACGAAUUGCCUCUGUUCCCAUCGGUUCGGCUGAUGCUGAUUCAAAUGAACUAAGGCAAAUUUCCUCAAAUCCAGAGGUUUUUUAUGUUGCGAACAACUUUGAACAGUUUGCUAGGAACCAACCAACAUUUAUGGAAUCCUUAACAUCUACGUCCACUGGUGACAUAACCAGGGCUGUAGCCCCCCCAUCUGUGUCCCCAGCAGACAACUCCCCAAAACAAGCAGAUAUAGUUUUUCUGGUGGAUGGUUCCAUAAAUUUGGGCCGAAGCAACUUCGAAGCAGCGAUGCAAUUCAUCAAUGGCAUCAUUGAUAAUCUUUAUGACGACGAGAGCAGCCUUCAAAUCAGCCUGGCACAAUAUGCUGCAGAUGUGACUGACGCCUUCUUCCUCAACACGUAUGACAACAAGGAAAACAUCGUAACUGCCAUUGAACAAGUACAGUACAGAGGAGGACCAAGAAUCAACACUGGCGCAGCCAUUCAACACAUUCAAAAUGUGCAUUUCACAAAAGAAAGAGGCAGUAGGAUGGAUCAGGGAGUUCCUCAGAUUUUUAUGGUUGUCACUGGAGGAGCCUCAGCUGAUGACAGCAGAACAGCAUCUCUUGCUCUACAGAGAAAAGGCGUUAGAGUCUAUGCUGUGGGGGCGGGCAACAUUCAAACAGAAUUGGAAGGCAUAGCGAGCGAGUCCACCACUGUGGCUCGUUCAAGUAAUUUUCAGGCAAUUUCUGAUCUGGUUGAACAACUCAUGCCUGCACUGACUGAGGAACUUAAGGGGCAGAAGUUAUGUGUCACUGAAUCACUGACACCUAGAUGUUAUCCCCGUAAAGACAUAGUUUUCCUUGUUGAUGGAUCGAAUGGUGUCGGGCGUGAAUUUCCCAUCAUUCAAGAUUUUAUCUCUAAGGUUGUGGAAAGUCUGGAUGUUGGGGAGAAAAGAAUUCGGAUUGGUGUGGCCCAAUAUAGUGACUUUGCUCAAUCAUACAUAAAUCUUAAUGACCAUGCAACAAAGCAAAGUGUUUUGAAUGGGAUCAGGGAGAUAAAACGACUAGGAGGAACACAAAGGAACUUAGGAGUAGCUUUGGCGUUUGUAAGGCAAAAUAUGCUAAGACCUGAGAAAGGUAGUAGGGAGGAAGAGGGAGUGCCACAAUUUUUGAUCAUUGUUUCCAGUGGAUCCUCAACAGAUGAUUUCAUUGGUCAGGUUACUGACCUAAAACGGUCCAGAGUUGUUACUUUAAACAUUGGCACCAGAGAUAUCAGCUCCCCUCAGCUGCGGAUAGUGUCAUCCCUGCCCACUUUUGCAUUCACUGUGGAUGAUCUUCCCGGCUUAUACACUGUCCAAGCGCCCUUAGUCAACAUUCUAACAGAUCUGUCAGAUGAAUACAUCAAAUCAUUGGCACGAGAUCUUGCAGGCAUUAUACCAGCACUAGUGGGAGGAAUAAAGAAGGAUGUUGUAUUUCUCAUUGAUGGCACAACAAAAGCAAGUAGUAAUUUUCCAGCCAUUCGCAACUUCAUGAGAAGUCUUGUGGAGAAGUUGGACAUCGGCCUGAACAAGGCCAGAGUUUCAGUAGUGCAGUACAGUGAUGAACCUAAGUUAGAAUUUCUUCUGAAUGAAUUCUCUACAAAAAACCAAGUGCAGGAACGAAUAAUGAGGCUCACAAGCAAAGGUGGAAGUCGUCGAAACACAGGCCGUGCUCUAGAAUGGGUCUCCAGAAACAUCUUCCAGAGGUCUGCAGGAAGCCGCAUUGAAGAGGGCGUGCCCCAGUUCCUUAUUGUACUUAUAAGUGGCAAAUCUUCAGAUGAUGUAUCUAGAUCAUCUGCCUCACUGAAGAGACUUGGAAUUGCACCUGUUCCCAUCGGUUCAGCUGAUGCCGAUUCAAAUGAACUAAGACAAAUUUCCUUCAAUCAAGAGCUUUUUUAUGUUGUAAAGGACUAUGAACAGUUUGCAGAGGAGCAAUCAAAGUUUUUCAAAACAAUUACGUCUACGUCCACUGGUGACAUAACCAGGUCUCAAGCCUUCCCAUCUGUGUUCCCAGGCAUUACACCAGCACCAGCAGGAGGAGACAAGAAGGAUGUUGUAUUUCUCAUUGAUGGCACAACAUCAACACGUAGUAAAUUUCCAUCCAUUCGGAUCCUGAUGAGAAUUCUUGUGGAGAAGUUGGACAUCGGCCUGGACAAGGCCAGAGUGUCAGUAGUACAGUACAGUGAUGAAUCUAAGUUAGAAUUUCCUCUGAAUGAAUUCUCUACAAAAAACGAAGUGCAGGAACGAAUAAUGAGGCUCACAAGCAAAGGUGGAACUCGUCGAAACACAGGCCGUGCUCUAGAAUGGGUCUCCAGAAACAUCUACCAGAGGUCUGCAGGAAGCCGCAUUGAAGAGGGCGUGCCCCAGUUCCUUAUUGUAAUUUUAGGUGGUAAAUCUUCAGAUGAUGUAUCUAGAUCAUCUGCCUCACUGAAAAGACUUGGAAUUGCUUCUGUUCCCAUCGGUUCAGCUGAUGCAGAUUCAAAUGAACUAAAACAGAUUUCCUCCAAUCCAGAGGUUUUUUAUAUUGUAAACAACUUUGAACAGUUUGCAAGGAACCAACCAACGUUUAUGGAAUCCUUAACAUCUACGUCCACUGGUGACAUAACCAGGGCUGUAGCCCCCCCAUAUGUGCCCCCAGACUUGCUCGAUAUUGGAAAAAAAGAUAUUAUUUUCCUGAUUGAUGGCUCAGCCAGCACAGGUCCUACUGGAUUUGCUCAUGUGCGUGACUUCCUCCUCAAAAUUGUCCAGCAGCUCAAUGUUCAGCCCGAUCAAGUGCGUGUGGGGGUUGUCCAGUAUGCAGACAGAGUUAAAACUGACUUCUCACUCAACUCACACAACAACAAGGCUGCUGUUAUCAAUGCUAUACAAAGACUUCGUAAUAUUGGUGGACGCUCAUCAGAAUUACCUGAUGCCAUUGAUUAUAUCAUGAAAAAUGAAUUCCAACCAUCAGCAGGUGCUCGUCCAACUGUUGCUACCCAGCAUCUUGUAAUUAUCACUGCUGGACGUUCCACCAAAGAUGUCAACCAAUACGGCCAACUGCUAAAGAGCACACAGAUUAAUAGUAUUGCUAUUGGUGACACACAGCUAAUCCAAAUUGCAUCCACCCCAAAGGAUUUUAUUCCAAUUGUUUCAUUGCCUAACCUGCAAACACAGGAAGUUUUACAACAGUUCAUUGCUAGACUAGCUGGUUUAACACCAGUAACACUCCCAGAUGAUGAAACUCCUUCGGGCAAAUCCUCAAGACAAGCAGAUAUCGUUUUUCUGGUGGAUGGUUCCAUAAAUUUGGGCCGAAGCAACUUCGAAGCAGUGAUGCAAUUCAUCAAUAGCAUGAUUGAUAAUCUUUAUGACGACGAGAGCAGCCUUCAAAUCAGCCUGGCACAAUAUGCUGCAGAUGUGACUGACGCCUUCUUCCUCAACACGUAUGACAACAAGGAAAACAUCGUAACUGCCAUUGAACAAGUACAGUACAGAGGAGGACCAAGAAUCAACACUGGCGCAGCCAUUCAACACAUUCAAAAUGUGCAUUUCACAAAAGAAAGAGGCAGUAGGAUGGAUCAGGGAGUUCCUCAGAUUCUUAUGGUUGUCACUGGAGGAGCCUCAGCUGAUGACAGCAGAACAGCAUCUCUUGCUCUACAGAGAAAAGGCGUUAGAGUCUAUGCUGUGGGGGCGGGCAACAUUCAAACAGAAUUGGAAGGCAUAGCGAGCGAGUCCACCACUGUGGCUCGUUCAAGUAAUUUUCAGGCAAUUUCUGAUCUGGUUGAACUACUCAUGCCUGCACUGACUGAGGAACUUAAGGGGCAGAAGUUAUGUGUCACUGAAUCACUGACACCUAGAUCCUGCAAUAUUGAGGUGUUGGUGGGGUUUGAUGUGUCCGGCCCAAACAUUUUCAGUGUUCAGACUAACCUCCAGAGCAAAAUGGAUGCCAUUCUGCAAAGAAUUGCUAAACUGGAGGCAAUCAGCUGUUCAGGCGGGCAGACUCCCAAUGUGCAAGUGGGCAUGCUGGCCCUGGAUUCUGCUUCUGAGCCUGUCCAGUUGGACUUUACUGAAAAUCCUCAACAACUGCUAAAGGACUUCAGAGCGCUGGCAAGUCGUGGCUCUUUCUAUCUUAAUGGCCAGACUAUAGCGGCAUACAUCAACAGAUUCAAGAUCAGACAGGACAACACAGUCAAGGUUAUCAUUCAUCUAACUGAUGGUCUUGACGCAUCAUUUUCAACAAUGAAACAAAAAGUUGAGGAGCUCCGUCAGUCAGGAGUUCACAGCUUCAUUCUUGUUGGGCUGGAAAGAGCAACAAACUUUGAACAAGCGCUCCUGUUAGAGUUUGGCCGUGGCUUCAAGUACACCAGACCUUUAAAACUCAACAUCAUGGAUUUGGACUAUGAGCUUUUAGAUGAACUAGAUAACAUUGCAGAGAGGGAGUGCUGCGGAGUGCCGUGCAAAUGUACAGGUCACAGAGGAGACAGAGGAGCAGUUGGACAGCCUGGCCUUAAAGGUACUGCAGGGUUACCUGGAGGUCAGGGGCAUCCUGGUGAUGAAGGCGGACCUGGGGAUAGAGGUCCCCCUGGUGUGAAUGGAACUCAGGGUUUCCAGGGUUGUCCUGGACAAAGAGGAGUCAAGGGUUCUCAUGGCUACUCUGGAGACAAGGGUGACGCUGGUGAACUUGGACUUGAUGGUAUCACCGGAGAAGAAGGCAAAAGUGGGGUUGCUGGGCCCCCUGGGGACAGAGGAAACCCUGGUGGAAGGGGUCCAAAGGGAGCCAAGGGACAAGCAGGAGAUUUUGGGCAGAAGGGCAUAAGAGGAGAUCCUGGAACAACUGGGCAAAACAACAACAAGAAAGGUUCUAAAGGAGACCCGGGGGACGCUGGACCAGCGGGAGAUCCAGGUGAAGACGGAGCAAAAGGGACCUCGGGGGGAGCCGGAAGAAGAGGAGUUGAUGGCAGAAGAGGCCCACCUGGACAAACUGGAAAUCCCGGACUCCCAGGGAGUGAUGGCUUGCAAGGAGAACCUGGUAUUGCAGGACCACGAGGCCCACCUGGACCACAAGCUGCACCAGGCACUAAAGGAGAAGAUGGGAACCCUGGACCAAGAGGUCCUGGAGGCAAACCUGGAGUUCCUGGUGGCAAAGGUAGAAGCGGACCUCUUGGCCGUAAGGGAGAACCGGGAGACCCGGGAGACAAAGGCAGCAUUGGACCUCUUGGCCCCCAUGGAGAGCCUGGUGAAGAUGGAAGAGACGGGUUUGGUGUUGAGGGUCCCAAAGGAAGAAAGGGGGAUGAAGGGUUUCCGGGAUUUCCAGGACCAAAGGGAGUAGCUGGUGAACCGGGCCCCCGUGGUGGGCCUGGACCCGAAGGAAAUCAAGGACAAAGAGGUGUGUCUGGCUCCCCUGGUACUGUUGGACAAAAAGGCGAAAAUGGAUAUCCUGGACCUCAUGGUGACAAAGGGCCCAGAGGACCAGGUGUUGUGCAAUGUGACCUUGUCAAGAAAAUCAGAGACAACUGUCCUUGCUGUUUUGGUAAGCUGGAGUGCCCACUCUACCCCACUGAGCUGGCCUUUGCUUUGGACAUCUCCCGGGGCCUCAACCGGACAGCAUUCAACAACAUGCGCGACACUGUUGUGCGCCUUGUUAAAGAUAUUACCAUUGCUGAGAGUAACUGUCCCAGAGGGGCUCGGGUUGCUCUGACCCUGUACAACAAUGAAGUCAUCACUGAGAUCAGGUUCUCUGAUGCAAUGAAGAAGCGCGCCUUGAUUGAGCGCAUUGAAGGUCUGCAGAUUCCACAAUCAAAUAAGCCUCGGAGCUUGGACGCAGCAAUGAGUUUCGUGGCCCAAAACACCUUCAAGAGGGUGCGCAGUGGCUUCUUGAUGAGGAAAGUAGCCAUCUUUUUUGUUGGUGAUCAAGUUGGUCAGGGACAAGCCAUUACCACUGCAGCCCUUCGCCUCCAUGAUGCUGGCAUUGCCACCUUGCUGUUAGUGAACCGGGUCGACAGAACACUCACCGGGGCGGUGAAGGUCAAUAGCACCACUCUCGCUGAGGUUGUUGUCCUUCCUUCAGCUGGAAGUUCACGGUACAGUUCAGUGGUCCAAAAGGUUAUGAACUGUCAUGUCUGUUUGGAUGUUUGCUCUCCGGAUCAAAUGUGUGACUAUACACCCCCAUCAGCAACGCGAGAUAAGCGGUCUUCCACUUUAGACGUUGACAUUGACAUUGCUUUCCUCAUUGACAGCACUGAGUCUACCUACCGAUCAUUCUUUACCAGUAUUAAACAAUACAUUGCUCACAUUGUGGAACACCUCUACAUAUCUUCCGAUCCCACAUCCUCUGUUCACCACGCUAGAGUGUCUGUUGUCCAGCAUGCACCUUAUUCAUACAGCCAAAACAAAACAGGCUCUCCAAUCCACGUGGACAUUGGCCUGACUGAGCAGCAGUCAGCUCAAAGUUUUGUCAAAGUCCUGCUGGAGAAGACGCAGCAGUUGGAGGGAGGCCUUGCUUUGGCAACAGCCAUUGAAUCAACAGUGGAGCAAGUGUUUGAGAAGGCACCUGUGCCACGGGACAGAAAGGUACUGAUGCUGUUUGUGACUGGCAGUGUGGCAGAAGAGAAAGAGCAGCUGGUGCGCAUUGCCACAGAGAUCAAGUGCCGAGGCUUCUUCUUAGUUAUAUUUGCUGUGGGUCAAACACUGACUGCUAGAGAUGUCCAUGUCCUGUCUCUCAUGGCAAGUGAGCCUUCAGAUGUCUUCUUUAAGCAGCUGGACACACUCUCAGCCUUUUAUAGCAAACGCAUCCAGGAAUUUGGCCAGUUUCUGCCAAAGUAUAUCAGCAUUGACAAUGCCUUCUACAUGUCCCCUGAGCUGUCUAAGAGCUGCCAGUGGUUCCAGAAUGAUCAGCCAAUAAAAAAUGCACUUAAUCUGACAAAGCAACAGGAAACAUUUCAGAAACAUCACGAAAGUCACCAAACCGUUCAUCACAAGAAGCACAAUGACAUGCUGCACGUCUCUAAUGUCACCUCGAACAGCCUGAGGCUGGGAUGGAGUGUCCCAGACCCAAAGCUAUCUGCCUACUUUGAAAUAGCGGUGUCCCGUUUUCAUGACCAUUCUUUGGUGCUGAAGACCAACACAUCCAGCACGGAACUCACUGUGGACAACCUGGAAAGUGAUCAAAUGUACCAUGUUGUGGUAACGGCCUUCACAGCUGAGGGUCAAACCAUCUCCACCUACAAGGGACUUGUCACUACAAAAUCGAAGCAGGAGAAGCCCAGCAUGCACGUCACACAUCCGCCCAAAACUCCACCACUGGACAACCCGCAAACAGUUAGUGAACUUGCGGACCCAUGCUCACUUGGCUUUGACCCUGGAAUGCCAUGCAAAGACUAUCAGGCUAAGUGGUAUUAUGAAAGACAGAACGGGUUCUGUACACAGUUCUGGUAUGGAGGUUGCGGAGGCAAUGACAAUAGGUUCGACAGUGAGGCCCUCUGCUUGAAACGCUGCUUGAGGUCAGAGGUGCAGCUGGCAGGAAAGCCAGAGGAAAAGCCACAGAUGCAGCCAGAGGCACAGCAGACGGAGCAGGUGGAGAUUCCUCCAGCGCCUGUGGACAUUUGUCAGCUACCCAAGCAGGAAGGCAGCUGUGCAGAGUUCGCCCUGAAAUGGUACUAUGACACCACCAGCAAGAGCUGUACCCGCUUCUGGUACGGAGGCUGUGAUGGAAACCAGAAUCGCUUCGACACGCAAGAAGAGUGCAAGGAAGCCUGUGAAAAACGAGCUCCACUCAGCCAGGGGAUCAUCGCUGCAGUAAGAACAUAGGAUGGAUGGGACGGGCAUGGAAGCAUUCUGCCUUUCAGAAAGGAGCAGCAUCCACAUGAUCUUACUGUAAAAAAACAAAAAAAGCCAUGCCGAAUCAAUGGUGGCUGCACUGGAUUCCACAAACAAAAAACUGCCCUCACUUUCUUCAAGUUUUUUUUAACCACAAAAAAAAGAAUGAAAACUGUGUUUAUUGGCAUGAAUUGUUUGAAUAAAUUGGUGCUACACAGCAUUUUUUUCCUGAUGAA